AUGAGUGAACAAGGAAAUCUAAGUAGUCAUAAUAUGAAAUCUAAAAUGGAUAGAAAUGAUUCUGAUAAAGUAAAAUGUAAAAACCAAGAAGGUAUUAAUGAAUGUGUCAAUAAAGAAAACACACAAGAAGAAAAUCAAAACAUACAUGAUGAAAAAAAAAAAUCAUGUGAACAAAACAGAAAUAAUAUAACUCUUGAUGAUGAUGUAAAUAUAAACAAGAUUGUAGAAAGAAUGUCAGUGGAAGAGCCUGAAGUAUUAACAAAAAUAUUCAAUUUGAUGAAAAAUAAUAACUGUUUAAAUUUUUAUCCGUUGCUUACACCUUAUCAUAAUAUAGAAAAAAUUGUAGAUAUAUUAAUGCAAGAAAAUUAUGAAUAUGAAAAUACGUGGACUGUACAUUGUGAUGCUAGUUUUAUUUGUAGAUUAUUAUAUGAAGGUUUUAUACCUGUGGCUAGUAAACAAAAGUUAUACAAAAUAGAAAACUAUGAAACCGUUAUGUAUAAAGAAUGUUUAUUAAUUCCUAAAAUACAUUUUAUUAGAUCAUGUAUGCAUCCAAGUGAAAUACAUAUAUCAAAAAAAGUAAAAAAAAAAUGCAAACAUUUUUAUAUAACUAUUGAUAAAAAUUUUGAAGGGGUUAUGGAAGGAAUAGUAGAAAAACAUGGACAAAAUUGGUUAUACCCAUUUGUACAAGAAGAAUUUAAAAAAAUUUUUUAUAAACAUGUAACAUAUAAAAAUGUAGAAUUACAUUCAGUUGAAUUAUGGUUUGGAAAAGAAUUAGUUGCUGGGGAAAUUGGAAACACAGUAGGAUCCAUAUAUACUAGUUUAACAGGAUUCCAAAGAAAAAGUUGUGCUGGUACUAUUCAAUUAUGUGCACUAGCUAAAUUGUUAGAAAUACAAAAAUUCGAACUAUGGGAUCUUGGUAUGCUCCUACCAUAUAAAAAAGAUAUAGGGUCUAAAGAAAUAACUAUGAAAGAAUUCUUUAGAAAACAUCGAUUAUUUAAACAUCAACCUGCAGAAUUUAAAACACCUUUCAUGGACAAACUUAAUUGUAGUGUUCUAAUAAAAGGUACAGAUCCUCAAACAUUAAAAGAGCAAGAAUAA